AAAUGCAGGCAGACAUCACAAGGCGAAAGAGAUAGCUUUUUGUUCCGGGUUUAUGACAGUUUUCGUGAGUUUCGUUUUUGAACAGAUGUCAAAAUAACCAGUAAAAAAUAGAAAUAAGGAACCUGAAGAUCAUUGAACUUUGUGGUUCCUGUGGUUGGUUCUGCAUGGAGUACCACAGUAGGAAAGAAUACCAAAUAAUAUAUGGAUUAAUUACUGUAUUAGGGAUUCUUAAUGUUGCUUUGGUUCUUAUUUGGACCAAAAAUUACCUUGGUGGAUUUGCAUGGCAAGAAGAUCCUUUGCACCAGUUUAAUUACCAUCCCGUAUGUGCGAUAGUGGGAUUGGUCGUGUUAUAUGGAAAAGGUUUAUUGCUGUACAGAACACUAUAUUAUCGAGGAAAAGCAACUUUGAAGCUUCUCCACACAGCUACCAUGAUAAUUACGUUUGCACUGGCAGUUAUAUCGUUGAAAUGUGUCUUUGAUUCGCACGAUUACAGAACAGUUCCUAUUCCUAAUUUGUACAGUUUACACAGUUGGAUUGGUUUAGGAACAGUGAUACUGUUUGCAUCGCAGUUGUUCUGCGGGUUUGUUGCAUUUCUUUAUCCCGGUGUGAAAUCAUCAUUACGUAAAAUAUAUCUGCAAUAUCAUCAGUUUUUUGGGACCAUUAUUUUCAUACUGGCUGUCUUGAGUUGCCAUUCAGGAAUAAUGGAGAAAGUCAAAGCUUCACUAGGUAAAGAAUAUUUAAGCUUGCAUGCAGCUGCUUAUAUUGCUAAUUUUCUAGGAGUUUCCAUAACAAUAUUUGCUGUAUUAGUGCUAUAUUUACUUUUCAUACCUCAGUUCAAGAGAAGACCUUUGCCAGAAGAGGAUAAGAUAUGCUUUGAACUUCAUGAAAAUGUUUCUUAAGAUUCACUAGUUCAAGACAUGUAUGAAAAAAUGUGUAAAUAAUGAAAGGCAUCUAAUAAAAAAAUUUGUUUAUUUAA